UACGCACACAAUUGCAAAUUCCAUAAAAGACAAGUUUGAAAUGAAUUUCUCUCCAAGUUAUAAAAAUCAUAACCUUUGAUGUUCUUCGCUCCGGUCUUGGUGGCCCGUCGGUCCCUCACAUUUCAGAGGUGCUGCAGGACACGGAGUUCUUUUGAAGGAAAGAGGCAGUGUUUGUUUAGACUCUCGAGCAUCCAAUGAACUGAAGGCUGCCUCCAAAAAAGCGCGUCCAUCGUUCCUUUCCACCCAAUGAGCGCCGUCGAGGGGCGGAGCUCAGGUGCGCGCCGCUGCGUCCACUUGGCAAAGAGCCUGGGAGACGCCUGUGGCAAAAGAGUAACUGUCAAAUGCAAGGUUCCUUUAAUAGGAGCGAUCAGUCCGGCUCCGAGAGUCAUGGCGACUACAGCAUCCAAUCAUUACAAUAUCCUCACCUCCAGCUCAUCUAUUGUACACUCGGAGCCUGGGAGCAUGCAGCAAGCUACGGCUUACAGGGACGCGCAAACCCUGUUGCAGAGUGACUACUCACUGCAGAGCAACAGUCACCCGCUCAGCCACGCGCACCAGUGGAUAACAGCCUUGUCACACGGAGAAGGAGGACCGUGGUCGUCCAGUCCCCUCGGCGAGCAGGACAUCAAGCCAGCGGUGCAGAGCCCCCGGGACGACAUGCACAAUUCCAGCAAUUUACAGCAUCAGUCGCGGCCACCCCACCUGGUACAUCAGACGCACGGGAACCAUCACGAUUCAAGGGCAUGGAGAACAACGACGGCAGCUCACAUCCCCAGUAUGGCCACUUCGAACGGACAGAGCCUUAUUUACUCGCAGCCCGGCUUCAGCGUGAACGGUCUCAUCCCGGGUAGCGGCCAGAGCAUCCACCACCACAGCAUGCGCGACGCGCACGAGGACCACCACAGCCCGCAUCUCAGCGACCACGGCCAUCCACCGUCCCAGCACCAGCACCAGCCGCACCAGAGUCACCACGACCACUCGGACGAGGACACGCCGACCUCGGACGACUUGGAGCAGUUUGCGAAACAGUUCAAGCAGAGGAGAAUCAAGCUGGGCUUCACGCAGGCGGACGUCGGACUAGCUUUGGGAACGCUGUAUGGAAAUGUGUUUUCGCAGACCACGAUAUGCAGGUUUGAGGCCCUGCAACUCAGCUUCAAAAACAUGUGCAAGCUCAAGCCUUUGUUGAACAAGUGGUUGGAGGAGGCAGACUCCACAUCUGGCAGCCCCACGAGCUUGGACAAGAUAGCUGCGCAGGGGAGGAAACGGAAAAAGAGGACUUCCAUCGAGGUAAGCGUCAAAGGGGCUUUGGAGAGCCAUUUCCUUAAGUGCCCAAAGCCAGCCGCGUCGGAAAUUACUUCACUGGCGGACAGUCUGCAGUUGGAAAAAGAGGUAGUGAGGGUUUGGUUUUGUAACAGGAGACAGAAAGAGAAACGGAUGACUCCUCCCGGCGGACCUCUACCGGGUACCGAGGACGUAUACGGAGACACGCCGCCGCAUCACGGGGUUCAGACGCCAGUUCAGUGAGAGAGAGAAAACACAAAAAACAAUUCAAAAUCAAGGACAUAUCUAUCAUAUUGACUGCCUCAGUCUUCAUUUAUGAUUAUGUUCAAAUUGGAACUAUCCAAAGUGAAAGCAGCUGCGGUUUAGACUACUGAGGCGGGAGAGCAGAUUAUAUCCGUCUUCAAUGUUACUCAAAAUUCGUACCGCUGCAACAGAGGGGACCGUGCGUUCCCCGCGCGAGCAAAGAGAACGGUUGUUCUGUGAAUACCCAGCACUGUGAAAAGACGCAGUUUUAAGGUGUAACCCUACUAUUUAUCAAACACUUUGAGACGAGCGAAAUGUCCCUCAAACGCGAGCAUGGGUGUCCCAUAGACAGUUGUUUACAUCUAGACACAUUCACUGCAUUUUCUUUGGCAGGAUUAGCCUGAAAAGUGACUAGUGCUGCAGCAUUU